CCGUUAACACGAGACGCAAUAGUAUUACGUAUUGAUCAUAUGAUAUCGCAUUUACAUAGAGUAUAGAGAGACCAUUAUAAUCAAAGUAAUGGACCUAAUUAAUGCUCCUCUAAUGAAAAUUCAAUUCACAUAGCGGUUGGAGAUUUCAUAAGCCAGUUUGGACUUUAGUUUGAGAUCCUAUAUUAUGAGAAUUAUAUAUUAAGAGAAACCUAUAUUUUUUUGCAUGAAUUAAUUGCAAACUGUACUCUGCAAUUAUUAAUAGUAAAAUUUACGCCCAUGACGGUGAACUCAUUUUAAGAAAAAAAAAAUGGCGGUGAACUCAUUAAUACUGCUAUAUAUAUACAGGGAAUUAAAAGGCACUAUGACAAAAAAGAAAAAAAAACAAAGUCGACUAGCAUGCACAUGAUCAAGCUUAAAAUUUUAGCGAUAUAACAAACAUAAAAAAAAAAUUGAUUUAAAAUUAGUUAUAUAAAUUUAUUUAAGUGCUGGUUCUGAUGAGUACUUCGUGAUAAUUAUAGUUAGCAUAUUUUCUAAAUUAAAAUCGAUCUCCAUCGCUCUCGGAUAGAUUUGUGAUUAGGGGGGCAAAGACGAAGAGUAUUUUAGCCUUUCUUGUGAUACUUUUAGAUUUUGAGCGGUCUUAUCUUGUUCUACACCUUACCUUUUACCAUGUCUACCGUUCCGGUAAGGCCACCACCUCCUCCGGCUGGUUUACAUCUUCGUCGGAACGCCUCUUCAACGACGGCUUCGAGAUCUGCGGCAAUGGUUGCUGCGGUUUCGAGCAGGCAUUUUCUUGGGUUCUUUACUUAUAAUAGAUGCUUUGAGUUUAAAUCCUUGAGCCAAAUGAGGUAUCCGGCUUUUUUGAGCCGUCGGCAGCGAGUAACCACGGUGGUGGCUUCAGCGGGAAACUUGACGGCUCCGUCGUCGUGGGAGUCUUGGAAGCCAGAUAAGACGGCGGUGGCGACGCCUCUAUUGCUGAGUGAUGUCAUCUGGCCGGCAGCUGGAGCGUUUGCGGCAAUGGCAAUAUUGGGAAGAAUUGAUCACAUUUUAUCUCCAAAAGGAAUUUCAAUGUCAGUGGCACCACUUGGCGCCGUCUCCGCCAUUCUUUUCAUCACUCCAUCUGCUCCUGCUGCUCGGAAAUACAACAUGUUUUUGGCUCAAAUAGGUUGUGCUGCCAUUGGAGUGGUAGCGUUCUCCGUCUUUGGACCAGGCUGGCUUGCCAGGAGCGUCGCACUCGCCGCUUCCAUAGCUUUUAUGGUCAUUGCUCGAGCCAACCAUCCUCCUGCGGCGAGCUUACCAUUAAUGUUCAUAGAUGGAGCGAAGUUCCAUCACUUGAAUUUUUGGUACGCAUUGGUCCCAGGUGCGGCUGCUUGUGUCAUUCUCUGCCUUCUCCAAUCGAUCGUAUGUUACAUGAAGGAUAAUCUAAAAUUUUGAUUAAUUGUCAAGCAACAUAUACGAUCAAAUGAUAUAUAUAUAUAUAUAUAAUAGUAGUAAUAAUGUACAAAUAUACACACAUUGAUGGGAAUCUUGUGAAGAUAUUUGAUUCGUGUGUACACUUGAUUUGAAUGUAUGUAAAUGACUAUAUAUAUAUAGUACGUUCGUUCAGCA